AUCUGCUCAGCUCCCAGUGGGCACGCCACCCCUCGCCGCGUCUGUGGUAACCCGAGCGGCAGCGAAAGAGAAAGCUAGAAGAGGAGCGAACAUGACGGCUGGUUCCGUGUGUGUCCCUCAGAUCAUACCACUGCGAGUGCCUCAGCCUGGGAAAGCGAACCAUGAAAUUGAUAAUAAUACUCUUUUGGAAAUGAAAUCAGACACCCCAGAUGUUAACAUAUAUUAUACCCUGGAUGGCAGCAAACCUGAAUUUGUGAAGAAAAUUGGUUAUGGUGAAAAUAACACAUUGAAGUACACAAAACCUAUUACUCUGCCUGAUGGGAAAAUACAAGUUAAAGCUAUUGCCGUGUCUAAAGACAACAGGCAGAGUGGAAUUGUCACAAAGGUGUUCCAAGUGGACUAUGAACCACCAAGCACAGCCUCUUCCGAAGACAGAGUUGAAAGUGUUCUCAGAGGCCCUUCGAAGCAGGAAUUAAAACAUGGACUUGUUGGACCAAAAGUAAAGAAGAAAUGUAAGAGCGCUGAACAUAAACCUGGUUGGAAUGUUAGCACUCGAAAGUUUCCAGACCUCGAGAUAGGCGAAAGAACUGACCGCAGAACUCUGAAGGAUCUUCGCUUCCCGGAGAGUCCCCUGGAAAUCCCAGCUCACUGUGAAGGAUCAAGCUCUCGGCUGCCCUCCCACCUGUCCCAGUCCCCUGGUUUUGCACACAUACCGGGCCAGAAGAGUUUGACAAGCACGGAGAUCAUGAGAAUCCAGAGGCAGACAGACUUUCUCAAGUGCGCCCACUGCCUGGGCCCCCGGCCCUCGGACCCCUUCGCGCGCUUCUGUCCCGAGUGUGGCGCUCCGGUCCCGCCCAUAUUCGGCUGUCGUCUUCCACCCCCAGAAGGAGCACAGAUGGGCUCGUGCGCAGAAUGUGGGAAUGUGGUGCCCAUGAACGCCCCCAUCUGUGUGGUGUGCGAAGCCCCGCUUGCUCCGCAGCUGCGGCCCCAGGCCAGCCUCCAUUUGAAGGCAAAGGUGAUCUGCCGCUCCUGUGGCACGGGGAACCCUGCUCACCUGAGCUACUGCGUCACCUGCGAGGGGGACCUGCCUUCACCCCAAGAGCCCAUGCACGGUGGAGAGAAAGCACCCCCUCUGCUGACCCAGAAAGGAGAGACCACUUCCUGCUGCAGAUGUGGCCGCCGCUGCAACCUCGGGGAGGCGACCUUCUGCGACUGGUGUGGAACCCUGCUUGGCCUGUCUGCCAGCCACUCUGUCUGCCCUAAAUGUGGGGCCAGCAAUCACCCGUCCGCCCGGUUCUGCACUACCUGUGGUGUUUGUGUGAAUUCCAUGGCAAGAUGGAGCCUGGAGGGCAGCCCGGCUGUCCUCGUGGGGGAGCUGCGCCCUGCAUCUCAGGCCCGAUCUGCGUGGCAGCCCCUAACUGUCCCUCUGCCCAGCGCUGACACCGGGGUGAAGAAGCACGCGGGCACCCAGACUGUGGGCCUCUUCUACCCGUCUAGCAGGCAGCUGGCCGCAAACCGGCCGGAGCUGGAGGGGCGUGGCCGUGGGCCUCUACUCACGGCCAUCAGCCCGGGCAGAGGCUACUGGAGGAAACAGUUGGAUCACAUCUCCGCUCACCUCCGGUCUUACGCCCAGAACAACCCUGAGUUCCGGGCGCUGAUCUCGGAGCCCAGGAUGGGGAAGCUUAUCUCUGCCACUGUCCAUGAAGAUGGCUGUGAAGUUAGCAUCAGGCUGAAUUAUAUUCAAGUCUCCAGCAAGAACCUACACCUCAGCAAAGCGAUGGACGUCAGUGACCGCUUUCUCAGCAGUGUCACCGAGGGUGGCGAUGGCCUCUGGGGCAGCAGGUCCAGCCUGGUGAGUGACCACAGCCAGAGUCCCUCAGACGCCACUGACCAGCCCAAGGUGAUGAAGAGCGUCAAGGGCAGAAACUUUGACAGGAAGAAAGAGGCGCCAAUGCCCAGAAGCAGACGCCUGCUGGAGGACAUGGGCACAGCAGGGCACGCAGAAGCCUCUGUGCUUCAACAGCUGCUGGCCGAGGAUGCAGACCCCAACUGCAGUGACAGCGAGGGCCCAUCUGCUGUAGCCGUGGCUGCCUUGAAUAAGCACCAGGAAGCCAUUCGGGUUCUCACUCGGAGAGGAGCCGACAAGGACCAGCAGGGGCCUAGAUAACAACUGCACAUGGUUCAAAGCUGAAAGGUCUCAUCCCGCCAUCCUCAGGGGCGCCAGGGAGCCCAGGCCCAUCUGUGUUGUCCUGGGGCCGGAUGAAAACAUAUAGGACACAUGUCCAGGCCCCCAUGGGCCACACAGUACGUAUGUAACUCACGCAUGCUCUUUGCCCUCGUUAACACAAUGCCAGCAAAGUGCACACCACUCUGCGUCGUGUAGGUGGCUCCAAAUUACCAUGUAGAGGUUGAACUUCACGCUUCCGCAUUGAGCUCAUCGGUCUCCAUCCUUUGCUGCUGGCCUCAGUGAAACCAUCAGCAGGAACGCGUGACUCCGACCCCUCUCUUCUAGAGGUGGUGAUUUCAGUCUGGGUCGCGGUGCUGGAGUAGCAAAGCCUCUGAACUGUUCUGCUAACAUACAUACACAGGACAUUUAUUAAUAUAGAAGAGCUCGUUCAGGACAAUAAACAGACCUGGUGGUUGUGGCUGCUGUCGCCUUGACCUGCACUGCGCUGGUGCUGCGUCGUCCUGAGUGAGCCCCGGUUACCUGCCUGAGGGGCCACUGGACAGGUGUUCAGCGUCGAGGACCAGGAUCGUGGCUGUGCAGCUUCAGGGUUGGGCCAAGGGAAGAGGCAUGGGAUUCUGAAGCGUCCCAUUCUCUGCAGAAGGAAGGAAGCUGCACCGCAGCUCAGUGUGGCCCUGACACUGCCGUCCCUCACAUCCUGCGGGUGUGGAAUCCACGGUGGUGGGCGGGUGCAGGGGGAGGUGAUGGAGUCACGCACUUCCCCAAGGAUGGGCCCGUGGGCUCUGGGACAAUCCCCUCAGGGCUUAUCAAGGUCCCUUGGGUUUUCUUUCCCCACCUUGAGCCCAAGAGGCCCUCAGUGCCUACUGGCUAGACCAAGGUAACCUCAUGCCAGGGCCUCCACCUUUCUCCAAAGCCCACGACUGCACCCAUCACCCCCCCGCAAAGUCCCUCGGGCACAAUCAAGGCUCACUAAGAUGGUGCUAAGCGUGCAAGACAGAGGAACGCACUUGCCAAUGAAAUCCCUCAGGGCCGUGUAAGGGACUUCAUAAAUACCGAGCUACAUGUUUCAGGAAGAUCAAACACAUUUUAAGGUUGGGUCUUUCCAAUUUCA